UGAUUCCCUUCACUGAAUGUGAGCUAUGGCCAAUAAAAUCUUCUUGUACUGCAUCAUUUCGUGGUUCCAAUGCGAACGGGUCACGAGACUUUGUAACUUUUGCUUACUCAGAUUCCCUAAUCAGCUAUAACCCACUAGCUUCACCAAUAUAUAAGCACAGCACCAGCUGCAUAUUCUCACCCAAACUUGUUGUUCUUUUUUCUUUCAUCAUUCAUCUUUUCUCUCUCUUUUCCAUCAAGUUUUUCACUCAUGGCUUCAAGCUCUCUCAGCAAGCAAAAGCCUUCUGAUUCCUCCUGGACUCCAAAGCAGAACAAGCUGUUUGAAAAAGCACUUGCAAAAUAUGACAAGGAUACCCCUGAUCGCUGGCAGAAUGUGGCUGCAGCAGUUGGUGACAAAUCCCCUGAUGAAGUUAAGAAACACUAUGAGAUUCUCUUGGAGGAUCUCAGACACAUAGAGUCUGGCCAUGUUCCUCUCCCCAAAUACAGGUCCACCGCAACCACCACCACCAAUGUUGAUGAUGAAGACAAGCUUCUGAAGUAUCUUAAGCUGAAUUGAUGGAAAAAGAUGAUGUUCGUGGUAUCCUCGGCUCUUCGCAGCAUUUAUGUGGUGUUCCUUAAAUUUGCAGAAAUAUCUUUCUUUCUAUGUCUUUCUACUUUGUUCUUCUGUGUUCUCUUUUCUACCAUUGCAAUUUAGAUUGUUUCAAUUUUCAAUGAAUUGUCCUGUUUCAGAAAACAA